UCGCCCAUACUGCGCUCGAUCCUUCUAUUCCAUAGUGCGUCGUGUGCGACAGGUUUGACACUCUUCUGACCGGCGUUGAAAGUCCCCGCAGAGCUAUGGCUGCAACAAAGCGCCGGCGGCAAGCGACAGAGCUCGAGGUCCCAGACCAUUCGGAAGAUGCAGCUGAGCGGAAAAGAGUUCUCAACGUUCUGGCACAACGUCGAUACCGGAAACGAAAGCGUGAGCGUCUAGCAGCGCUUGAAAAGGAGCUCGAGAAGAGCAAAGGGCGUUGCAGCCCGACAGAUCCACUAGCUCCUAAGAGGGGAGAGAAUGAGUCUUCUUCAAACUCUCCGGUGGCCUUCUCGCAGUCAUCUGCUUCAUCUACGACGACGGACGAUGUGGAAGGCAUCUUUCCGCUUACUCCGCCCCAGAGCAAUACGCUAUCCCGGGACGCGUUCACGAAUGUCUUGCCCAAUGCGGCGCUGUCAGACGUAACCGGGUCGAGCCUCCUUAGCCAGCCAGAUUUCUUAGAUUCCACCUUUGAAUCCCUAUUAGACCUUGAACCCCAAGCUAUGCCUCCGGGUCUGGAUUCGUUUCCACCAGAAUUGCUGGAUUCGCCGGCGUUGACGUGGCAGUUUCUGUCCAAUCCCGCCAACCUGGAAGACGGCCGUAACCCAGAUCUCUCCUCUAGCCUGCAGUCGCAUCAGACUUCCACGUUCACGUUUCCCGAUGACAGGACCAUCGACGUGCCGACACUGACCCUGCUCAAAGCUGUGUUGACAAUUGCUACCCGUCUCGAUAUAACACAGAGUCUCUGGGAUAUAUCGGGCAUCAGCCCCUUCUUCACCGGGCCGGGGAAUGAUGAUUCUUCUUCCCUGGCGCAUCUUCCAGUGAACUUCCGACCGACUCCAACACAACGACUGAUCCCUCACCACCCGAUGCUUGACCUCCUACCUUGGCCAACGGUGCGGGAUAAGCUGAUCCAAGUCUUCAGCUUGCCACCGCAUCUACGACCAGCGCCCGCCGCGGACCCGAUGGGUCUUGUGACGCUGGUAUAUGACAUUGAGGAUCCCACAGAGGGCAUCAGGGUGUCCGGAUCGGAUCCGUUUGUGGCGGAUAAGUGGGAAAUCGGACAGAUAGUCUUCCAGCGCUGGUGGUGGGCGUUUGAAGGAAGCAUUGUGGAGACCAGCAAUCGACUGAGGAAGCAGAGGGGCCAGCAGGGCCUCGUGCUAGGAACUGUCGGUUGA